AGUUUUCUGCAGCCACUCCACACGCUGCCUGGCAUCUGAAUCAGCGUGCUCCGCUAUGGAUCCGGCUGCCCCUAAGAGAACUGCUCCUUCCUCUGAUGUGUCUGCCCUUAUGGAAGAACCCUUUAAGAAGGGAGAUAAACAUGAGUCUGAGAGACGCUGUAAAGCUUGUCAUAACCCUGCUUUAAAGGAUAAAAGAAUUUGUAAAGAUUGUUUUGCUGAAUUAAUGCCGAAGGAGAUUGAGGCAUCAAAUAAAGACACAGAGAGUCCAUCAACUUCUGCUUCCUUUCCUAAUCAGCAAUCCCUCAUGUUAUGGAUUUAAGAAGCAGUUGCUCAAACCAUGAAAGAGACUGUACAAUUAAAUACAGAGCCUCCACUAGAGGGCUCAGAUACAGUGGUUCACGAAAUUUCUUCAGACAAUGCUUCUUCAUCGGAGGAUGAGGAAACUGGAGAGGAGAUUUCAGUCUUUGAUUGGAGACAUUUGAAUCCUUUAAUUAAAGCAGUUCGGCGAACCCUUAACUUGGAGGAUGCAGACCAACCAUCCACCUCCCUGCUAUUUUCCAGAAAGAAAAAGACUGUUUUUCCUGUGCAUAAUGAGGUGCAAGAAUUAAUGAAAGCAGAGUGGUCUAAGAUAUCUAGAAGGAUUCCAGUGGAGAGGAAAAUUGAAAAGCUUUUUCCAUUUGCAGAUGAAGUGCAAGAGAUAUGGACCACCCCUCCAUCAGUUGAUGCCCCAGUGGCAAGGCUUUCUAGGAAGACAGCAUUACCAAUCGAUGACAUCUUUGCCCUAAAGCACCCGAUGGAUAGAAUGGAAACAGAGCUAAAAAAGUGUUAUAUGUCCGCUGGCGCAGCAUGCAAACCAGCAGUGGCGCUUGUUUCAGUGACUAAGGCCCUCUCCCUUUGGACAGAGAGUUUAGAGCAGGCUGUGAAGGAGAAAACUCCUAGAGAAAAGAUCCUUGAGCACUUGGAGGAUUUCAGAGUCGCAUCUAAUUUCUGCUUAGAGGCCGCACUUCACUUGGUUCAACUAUCUACGCGGGCUAUGUCCUUUGGAGUGGCAGCAUGCAGAGCCUUGUGGGUUAGAUCCUGGUUUGCAGACACAGCUUCCAAGAAUUCACUCUGUAAGAUGCCCUAUGAAGGCAAGCGUUUGUUUGGUAAAGCUUUGGAUGAUAUAAUUUCUAAAUCAACGGGAGGAAAAAGUACCUUUCUUCCUCAGACACGGCGUUUUCGUGAGUCCACGAAAAAACAAUCAGAUACUUUCUUCAGACGAAGAAAUGAUGCCAGAUCUUACAGACCAGGAAGAGAGUAUAGAACCUCUACAUGGCGUUCAGGGCAGAACACAUACUUUAAAUCUCCCAGAGUUAAGCAAACUAGAUCUCCCAAGUCUACAGCCAAAACACAAUGACGGUUCGGAUGUCCAACCUCCAGUGGGAGCAAGAUUAUCGGCCUUUCAGGAUGUCUGGACAACAGAAAUUCAGGAUGCAUGGGUGAUAUCCAUAAUUCUAAGAGGGUACCGCCUAGAAUUUCAUCAAAAGCCUUUGCUAAAUCAUUU